AUGGAGGCUGCCGACCUAUUACCGCUUCUUGAGCAAUUGGAUGAUAAUGUUGACGAUUUGGAAGAGGCCCUCAAACCAAUUUUGGAGAGUCCGGUCUCGGAGACAUCGAACAAGCUCCCGGUUCUAGACAAGGCGAAAUUUCACGUCUUGGUUACCUACGCUUUGGAAUCUCUCAUAUUUUCUUAUCUGCGUCUUCAUGGCGUCAAUGCAAAGGAACAUCCUGUCUUCCGAGAGCUUACUCGCGUCAAGCAAUACUACGGAAAAAUCCAGGCGCUAGAGACUGAGCCCGAGCAGCGGACUAUGACUCUUGACAAAGAGGCAGCUGGUCGCUUUAUCAAACACGGCCUUGCCGGGAAUGAUAAACUAGAUAUGAAACGCAAAGAACAGGAGGCGAAAGAGAAAGCGCGCGCUCAACUAAAAGCAGCACUACUAGCUAAGAAAGCCGCGGCAUCUGAGACAUCUUCCAGGAAUCGUACGAGUAGCUCGGACUCGGAGUCAGAACCUGAUAAGGAGGAGUCGGACAGCGAGGAGUUUAUGAUUGCAGGGUCGGAGCAGCUGACAAAGCCAUUGGAAACAACACAACCCGAAAACUCUCAGGAGGUAAAGAAGAAGAAAGACAAAAACAAGCUUGAGACUUCCAAGGCCACCAGAAAAAGGAAGAAGCGAAGCAAGGAGGAGCAGCAAGAACGAAAGAAAGAAAGACGGCAGAAGAAAAUGGAAGCUCGAAAGGCAGCAAAGGCGAAGUGA